AUGGCACAGGGAGGAACUCAGCUGGACUCUGAAAAAUUCUCCUGUUCCAUCUGUCUGGAUCUACUGAAGGACCCAGUGGCUCUUCCCUGUGGUCACAGCUACUGCAUGAGGUGUAUUCAAAGCUGCUGGGAUGGAGAGGACCAGAGGAGAAUCUACAGCUGCCCACAGUGCAGACAGACCUUCACCCCAAGGCCUGUCCUGGUGAAAAACACCAUGUUAGCAGAGUUAGUGGAGGAGCUGAAGAAGACAGAACUCCAAGCUCCUCCUGAUGGCUGCUAUGCUGGACCUGGAGAUGUGGCCUGUGAUGUCUGCACUGGGAGAAAGCUGAAAGCCCUCAAGUCCUGUCUGGUGUGUCUGGUCUCUUACUGCCAGCAGCACCUCCAGCCUCAUUAUGAAUCUCCUGCCUUUGAAAACCACAAGCUGGUCGACCCGUCCAAGAACCUGAAGGACAAGCUCUGCUCUCGUCACGAUGAGGUGAUGAAGAUCUUCUGCCGCACUGAUCAGCAGUGCAUCUGUUAUCUCUGCUCCAUGGAGGAACAUAAAGGCCACGACACAGUCUCAGCUGCAGCAGAAAGAACUGAGAGACAGAAAGAGCUUGAGGAGAGCCGCAAAACAAUCCAGCAGAAAAUCCGGGACAGAGACAAAGAUUUGAGGGUGCUUCAGCAGGAGGUGGCGGCCAUCAAUCGCCUUGCUGAUGGAGCAGUGGAGCAGAUCAGAUCGCAACAGAAAGCUGUUGUGAGUCGUGCUGAAGAACUGGAGGAGAAGCUGAAGCAGGAGAUCGCUGAGCUGAGGAGGAAAGACGCUGAGCUGGAGCAGCUCUCACACACAGAGGAUCACACACAUUUCCUGCACAGUUACCCCUCGCUGUCACGUCUCAGUGGAUCUACACAACUUCCCUGCACCGAUAUCCGCCCUCUGCGCCGCUUUCAGGAUGUGACUGCAGCUUUGACAGAGCUCAGAAAUAAACUGCAGGGCGUUCUUAGUGAGGACAGGACUACGAUCUCAACACUAACUAAACCAGAUGCUUUACUGCCACAACCUGAACCAAGAACCAGAGCUGAAGUCCAGACCACGUUCACUCAGCCACUCCAUGCUGGACUCCAUGUGUAUUUUUAUGGAUCUACUGCUGAGUUUUGUGAACUCAAGUAG